AUGUUGGAGCAAUGUUCGAGAUUUCAAAUGGCCUGUCUCGGUUCUGGCGGGGUUGGUAAAACGUCAAUUAUUAAGCAAUACCUGUACGGAACACAUUCACAAGAUCACAGUGAAACCGUUGAGGAGACAUAUAUCCAGACAUAUAAUAUAAAUGGAGACAACAAACGCAUCGAUUUCAUAGAUACGGCUGGAAGUUUUGUCUUUCCAGAAAUGCAGAAAAUUUACAUUGCACGAGCAGUUGGUUUUAUGCUUGUCUACUCAGUUAAUGAUGCAAUUUCAUUUGAAUUAGUCAAAAUUAUUUGGCAACAGAUAAAAUCUGUUCGAAAAGAUAUUCUGAGCAUUCCGUGUGUUAUAGUUGGAAAUAAGGUAGACAUGGAAAACAAGAGAGAGGUCGAAACAUUUGAUGCAUUGGAAUGGGCUUAUAAUGAGAACCUUGGAGGAUGUUUUGUAGAGGUCUCUGCAAGAGACAAUACAGGAAUAAAGAAUGCUUUUGACAUCCUAUUAGAACAGCUAGGAAACACCAGAUCAGAACAGACAGGACCUUUCCGAAUGAGGACUACCAGUUUUACAAGACAUCAAUGUCAGGCAGAUAUUGAAAGGAAAAUAUUACAACGGAACGCAAAAAAAGUAAACUAUGACAUUGUAUCUUCGUCUUCUAAGUGUUUUCAGAAUCUUGUGUUUGAUAACUAUCAAGAGAAAAAAAUAUACAGGUUAAUAACGCCACAAAGAAAACCUGCUCUUUGUCAUGAUAACCAACAACAGAAACAUUUAGAACGUUCAAGGAGCGAUACAUGGGCGCACAUCGUGAAGAGACAAAGAAAUAGUUGUGUAAAAGAGGUACGCAGCAACAGCAUGUCAGAAGAAAACAAUUUUUACAUGGAACAAACCAAAGUAGCAUCAAACAUUCGGAACACAAAUUUGUUAGACUGUCAAGAUGAAAAACCUCUGCAAACGGACGAUCUUCAUCAGAGAAAAAAGUCUUCAAAUAAAUCAGAUAUGCUUAUUGUUAAACUGAUGUAA